UGUAGUUGUGCAGGCUCUCUUCUUCUGCUUCUCCCUCCCCUCUUCCUUUCUAUUUCUCUCCAUCGCUCUUUUCUUCUAAACAUCCUUAAUCAAAUUGGCACAGUAACCGUCAUUAUCUCUAUCAAACAGAAACCUUUUUACGAAAUAUUCAAGUUGCUCUUGAGAACAGUGUGUGUAUUGCUAAAUGCCUUGUUGGGUUAAUGUGAAUGUUCGUCCCUCCUCUUCACUCUCUUAAAAACUCUUCAGGUUUUUCCAACUGAGCGAUUCUGAGGCGGGCGCAAUCGCACUAGAGGGGAAGUCAAGUCGUGCUGGACUGGCGCGAUAUCCUCGCACGGUUUUACAACUAAAAGCUGCCCCGCGUUUAAUCAUGCUUUUAAAUGAUGGACUAUGCUGAUUUUAAAAGUUGACCAGGGAUUUCUAGUUGUGGGGUGUUUGCGAGGCAUGGCUUUCCUUUUAACUUGCUUGUUUCUGUCUUGUGCGAGCAGUGUUUGGGGAAAUAAGCACGGUGAUACCAAUAUCUAUUUGGAUAACAUCACGCGCAUAUUGGAUAGAUUAUUGGAUGGAUAUGACAACAGGCUGCGACCAGGAUUUGGAGGUCCAGUUACAGAGGUCAAAACUGACAUCUUUGUCACCAGCUUUGGACCUGUUUCAGAUGUUGAGAUGGAAUACACCAUGGACGUGUUCUUUCGUCAGACAUGGAUCGACGAACGGCUAAAAUUUGAAGGCCCCAUUGAGAUCCUGCGGCUCAACAACCUGAUGGUCAGCAAGAUAUGGACGCCGGACACCUUUUUUCGAAAUGGCAAGAGGUCGAUCUCUCACAACAUGACCACCCCCAACAAGCUGUUCCGCAUCAUGCAGAACGGAACUAUCCUCUACACCAUGAGAUUAACUAUAAAUGCAGAGUGCCCCAUGCGUCUGAUGAACUUCCCGAUGGAUGGCCAUGCCUGCCCCCUCAAGUUUGGAAGUUAUGCUUACCCCAUCAGCGAGAUUGUGUACACUUGGAAGAAGGGUCCUCUGUCCUCUGUAGAGGUGCCACAGGAAUCAUCCAGUUUGCUGCAGUACGACCUCAUCGGUCAGACAGUGUCAAGCGAGAGGCUAAAGUCCAACACAGGUGAAUAUGUCAUCAUGACAGUCCACUUCCACCUGCAAAGGAAAAUGGGCUUCUUUCUGAUUCAGACUUACAUUCCCUGUAUUAUGACUGUCAUCCUGGCCCAAGUCUCUUUCUGGAUUAAUAAGGAAUCAGUUCCAGCUCGCACUGUGUUUGGUAUCACCACUGUCUUGACCAUGACAACGCUCAGUAUCAGCGCUCGUCACUCCCUUCCCAAAGUUUCUUACGCCACAGCCAUGGAUUGGUUCAUCGCCGUUUGCUUUGCCUUUGUCUUCUCCGCUCUGAUUGAGUUUGCAGCCGUCAACUACUUCUCCACUCUGCAGGCCAACCGGGAGCUGAGGAAGGCAGCAGCCAUGAAAGUGGCGGCCCAAGAGUCAGCAGCUGCAGCUGCGGUUUCUGCAACGGGGAACGACGGAGAAGUUUCCUCAGUUGAUGCCAGUAGUGUGCUAAAGAAGAGGAUGAACUCUGCCCCGCUGUUUGACCGUCCUGCCAAAACAUUUCCCAACCCACCUGUCAAUGCCCAAGCCUUCCUGCAGCAGGGUUCAGCUGUACCGGCCAACAACGUUCUGACUGGCACCAGCAUCAUCGAUAAAUACUCCCGCAUCCUCUUCCCGCUUUCGUUUGGCGCCUUCAACCUGGUCUACUGGAUCGUCUAUCUCACUAAGGACACGAUGGAGAUGUCCAGGGAUAGCGUUUAGGCCAAGAAUUCGUCUUCCUGGGCAUCACACACACACACACUUUCAUAUACUUGCAUGGGCACAUACACAUACAUACACAACAAAUAGAUGACAGACGCUUGCCAAGCACUCUUUUAAGCCGCCUCAGUGCAUUGUAUGUCUUUUUAAAUACUCCCUGGAAAGUGAGUGUUUUGAGAGCAGCUGUACCAGCCCCUAUUGCCAACUUGACCCUGGAGCUCACAGCCUGUGGGCCCCAGGUUCUGAAACCAUUUCAAACAGGUACAACAUAUCUCCAUCUCUCUUUCCUCUCUUUAUUUCUGUUCCCCGGUAUAUAUAUAUAUAUAUAUAUAUAUAUAUAUAUAUAUAUAUAUAUAUAUAUAUAUAUAUAUAUAUAUAAAGACACAUGUGUCACAUUUUCAGUGUCUGUCCUGUAUCCCCUGCCCGAGUGGAUGGGGCAAGAUGGAACAGCUAAGCUAGCUAGGUUACAGAACCAAAGGCAGAGCCACUACUUUGUUGUAUGUAUUUGUUUCUCUGUGUGCAACAUUUAUGCAGUUCCAUACAUGAUAGUGAUCUUGCAUGUGUGUUUCAAAUGACACAUUCCCUACCCUGAUAUUUAAAGCACACUUGAGGGAAUGAUUGUACUCGUUGUCCUGACUGGAUCCAGUGAGACUGACUCACAGCUCUUCUUUACACUCUUCUCCCCCCCCCCCCCUAACACCCACUAUCUUUUGGUUCACUGGCGUAAUUUUCCUCCACUGAUGGAUGGAGUGCAGAGGAUAUGAGGCAAAAUCUUCAAAGGGUUUUUCAUGGUUUGCUCCUCAGAUACGUACAUUGGCCUGGUUGAAUAGUCACAUGCACAUGCAAAUAGAGAAAUGUACACAUAUUGAACAAUACACUAAAACAUGCACACAUACUGUACCAUUCACUUACACUUGUGCUUUUUCCACAAUGACAGGAUUGUACGUCAUGGAUUUCCUGUAGACACAAAUGAAACAUCAGUGCAUGAUUCAUGACUAUGACAACAUAACUUCCAUCUGAUAUCAUGUUUUAGAAGAAAUCACAGAAACACACAGUACCUGCCCAAAGGAACAAGAGAGGACGCUGCAGAAUUGUUAGAAAAACAAAUUGUUAAGUUUUCCAGACAUUUCAUAUAAAUCAGAGGAAUUAUUUUAAGCUACAAAAUGUAUGAAAUGCAAGACACUUUAGUGGAACAAUGAAUGCAAAUGCAAUGGAUGAUGGAACGUGUUGCAAACAGGUACUCCACUACUGCACAUAUAUUCACAAGCAUCUCAUACAUUAACCUGUAUCUUGACAACAACAGAUUUCUUCUUCCCAGAGAGGAUGAUGUAGACUGAUGUUUCUAUGUAUUGUAGUAUUGUGGUAUUAGUUGCAGUUAAACUGUUUGCCAAUUAUUUAUUGAGAUAACAGCUCCGGCUUCCAGUUUUCAUUUGAAAAAGCAGCAAAAAAGACACCUAAACCUAUCAUCAUCAAUUAAAUUAAAUGCCAAAAUACAUUCAUUAAUAAUCCACUUGCUUGAAUUUGCAUAUGAUUAUGCACAGUUUCCAAUUAAGUAGAGAAUGUAACAUGUUAAAGCCAUGUGGCAUCUAAAUAUAAGCUUAUGCGUGUUUGCUUCUUCAUAACAUCCAUCAUCCGUGAGGAUGUUGUCAUUAAAGAUGUGUCUUAUUAACACAGGCACCUAUUAAAAUGCAAAAAAUUGCAGACGGUUCCAUAAGAUAAUCGUAGUCUUGAAAACUGUACACUUCCUCUGGUUGUUUGGAUAUUUAAUAAUUAACAUUUUAAGACAAACUUUAUGUUAAAAGGAAUUGUACAAUUGAUGUAAAUUGCCCCUGUGUUGCACAUACUGCGGGCCCUAUAGAAGUAAUUGAACAAGAAGCACCAUGAUUUCCUGUUUUUGAAUAUUGUGUUUUCUAUUUAUUUUUUUGCCAGUCGGAAAGGAAGCUCUUCAUUUGUUGUAAUUAUGUGUAUUUCUUAUGAGCACUUUGAUUUGUGAAUAGACCAGCAUGGUAGAUCUCAGUUCAACAAUAUUGAUUAAAUAAAUAAAUAAUUUAUCAUUAACUUUGUUUUAAUAGAAUAAAAAUAUGCAAUGCAAUACACAAAUGCAAUAUAGAUUCUGGUUGGACCCCCAAGGUUGGUAUCCAUUGCUUAAACUGUAUUCUAAAGUUGGAAAGCUUUUAUGAACUUGUUACAAACAUGCAACUCUAUUGCCAGACAAGAACAUCAAUAUCGGACAAUUGAGCAACAGUGCCAAGGAUUUUUAAUUGUUGCUUUCUACAAUAUCUGCAUGUGGCAAAUAUGGCAUGACUAAGGAAUGGUUAGUGUUAGGCUACUAAGACAUUAAAAAAGCAAACUUGUGACAGGAUGCAAACGCAGUCUCCGGCUUUAAAUCUUCUGGUCAGUUGACAUUAAAAUGACUUUGUCCUUGUGUCAAUUAUUUAGUUUAAAGGAUGAUUAAUUUUAAAGACAGUUGUUGCCUGUUUUAUUUGUCUUUGACAUGUACAUGUACACCAGAAGACUAAAAGAACAGUGAUGUCAGACUGUAUGCUCUGUCUUUGUAUCCUCCCUCUUUCUCUACUCCAUUCAUCUCCCUCAUCCCCUCUGUCUUUGAGGCAGAGGCUGAUGAGACAGGGCAUUUCCGCUCCUAUUGCCCUGUAUGUCAGACUCUAUUGUGGGAAAACCUGACCGUCAGUGAACUCAGACUGCUACAGAACUGCUGGCUCAACCCCAAUGGAGCCUCAGAACACCAAUGACCUCCCACCUCCAGCAAUGACUAAGUGUCUUUCUGCAGAACAAGUUUCAGUUGAAUAGUCAAACAGAAAUAAGCUGCAGUAAGAGGGUGUGUAUGGAUGUGUGCACACGUUUGUGUGCUUUUUUAUAUGAUUAAGCUUGUUUGCUUUUAUCAGUGACCCAAUUUAUCUGGCCUCUGGCCCCAGCCUCGCUGAUCAGCUCAAUCGCACCACCGUGAGAACCACACUUGCAUGACCUCCAACCCUUUAUGUGCUUGUUAGGGUUGUUGAAUGUAGAAGGUUGUGAACUUCAUAGAAUAUAGAAUUCUAUUGCUAUGGUGACUGCGGUCAUGAACUGCCCUUUAGUCAAUUUUGUUUCAUUCCACAGACAUGGGCUUUAUUGAUACUUUCAUUUAGCAAGCACUUAUCUCUUUUUUGUAUUACUACACUGUCAUUUGCCUAGAAAUUGUGGACACAAUUUAGAAGACAAUGAAUGCUCUACGAUGUUAUUUCACAUGUAUAUUUUGUGAAUAUGAUUAAUUAUUUCGGUAGGUUGCUAUUUGUAGUCCAACUGUAUGACCCUGCUUGAUGAUCAGCUGCACUGCAUAAACCAUGUGUACUGGUUUGAAUGACAACUUUUGUAUUUUUAGCAGUUUCAUCCAUAUUUGCUCCUUGUACACAUUGCUCUCCAUUAGUUUUUAUUGUCACGAGAAAGGCUUAUUUUUAUUGCAACAGAAAAAAUAUUUGCAUAUUCAGGUCUGUUGUCCCCUGUUAAUAAAUGAACUCCUACUCACUUUUCCCAGGGAUUUAUAUAUUACUAUGCUCAAUAAAGCCAGAUUAUGUAU